AUGCAGAAACAGAUUGAGCCGGAGGAUGAUCAUUCAAUGACCAUCCAGGACCGCUUCUCCAGCGAGGACCCAGACACUCGCAAGGCUCGGCCCAUGUGGGAGCUCCGUCUCGGCUACACCACCUACCAGAACGGCAAGUGGACGCAGAAACAGCUCUCGGAGAUGACCUUGCGCCACGCCGCCAGGGAGGUGGAGGAAUGGGACCUGCGGGCGAACAAGGGCGGGGACGACAAAGACAAGUGGAAGACUAGAACAACGUACUUGCUUCCAAAUCAGACGGCCUAUCGCUUAUGCCCUCGACUCAUCAGUGACUCGGAGCUGCGCGUCGACAUUUCAUAUCGCGAUUCACACAAGAAUGUCAGGACUGACAAGGUUGUGGAGAAUAGCUUCCGCAUCGGAUACUUUACGUUUGAAAACGGCAGCAUCACCUCCAAGUCCGACUCGAGCAGCGGCGACGACAUUGACACUAUUACAAGCUUCCAAUAUGACCAGACGGGGUCCAAGGCCGAGAUCUCUUCGUACCAAGUCAAAGAAUCCGAGACCAGCAGUCCACCCUUGUUUGGCAAGUUCCCCAAGGUGCAAUACGACAAGUCACCUGCUGCAAAUGCAAAGUCGCACAUCCUGCUUGUGAAUGACACCGGCGUCGUCUUCAACCACACCUUCAUCGACCCGCUGCUAGCUUUCAUUUCCAAAGAUAAUACUGCCCAUGCUUUUGACGACUUUUAUGACCAGUUUGGCAAGCUUGCUCACAGUGCGGCAAGCGAUGAUCCGUUCGGUGCUACAGAUGACGGAUCAUUCAAUGAGAAGUUGAGUCCUGUGCCACAAAGUCUUCGACCCGAGCGCAAUAGGCGCCGGCACAGAUCCGACAGAAGAAAACAAGCGCUUUGGAAGUUUGAACCGUUCAAGGAUCUGGCAAACAAGGAUGCCAAGGUCACGCUCGAGCAAAUGUUCCUCAGACUCCGGCCGCAGACAUCCAAUGAUGAUAUCAAUGAAUGGCGAGACAACCCCUUUUCGCCGCACUCGAUUGGCCGCAACCGGCCGGUCGCAUACAUGAAGUGGGUGGCCAUGAAGUACAUUGAGAUUAUGAUUGCCUAUGGCGACUACUUCUUCCGCCAGAAUAGCCUGGAGACCAUCCCGAAUGCCAUCCAAUGCUACGUCAUCGCCUCGCAUGUGUACGGCCAGCGCGGCCAAAAGAUCCCGAAGCGAGGCAAAACCAAGCCGGAGACCUAUGCGUCACUGCUCGACCGCUGGGACGCCUUUGGCAAUGCCAUUGUGCAGCUGGAGUUGGAAUUCCCCUUCUCCAACCAGACCUCGCUGCCCAUCGGAGUGAGCACCGGCAUUGUCGGCCUGGCCAACAUCUUUGGCUUUGCAAGCGCUCUGUACUUCUGUAUCCCUGACAACCCAAAACUGAGAGAGCUGCGCGACACCAUCGACGAUCGCCUGUACAAGAUCCGCAACUGCAUGGACAUCAACGGCGUAGUCCGCCAUCUGCCUCUUUUUGAUCCGCCAAUCGACCCAGCGCUGCUCGUGCAAGCUACGGCGCAGGGUCUAAGCCUCGACUCGGUCUUGAACGACAUUGGCGGACCCAUGCCAAACUACCGCUUCCAGCUGCUUCUCCAAAAAGCCUUUGAUAUUUGCGCCGAGCUCAAGUCGCUCGGUGGAGCCUUCCUGACUGCCAAGGAGAAGAAAGACGGCGAGGCGCUGUCGGUGCUGCGGACGACACACGAAGCGACUAUGAGCAACAUGACGCUGGACAUCCGCCAGCGCCAAGUGAACGAGACCAGCCAGGCGCUCGAGCAGCUGCUCCAGAGCCGCAACGCGCCGAGCUACAAGCUGCAGUUCUACCGCAAGCUCAUCGGCAACACCGAGAGCGCGCUCAACGAGGACACGGACUUCAACGAGAUCCCCAACCCCAGCUUGCAGGAUCCAAAUAGCGAGGGCGAGCUGCUGCUCAACGAGCCCGACGUCGAAGCGCUCGCAGCGGUGUUCCACGCGAUUCCAAGCAGCGAGGCCUCUGCGAAGCCGUGGGGUGUCGGCGCCGGCCUGGUCUGGGGAGGCUUUAACUUUGGACACUCGACAAAUGCAGCAGCCAAGGCUCUUCAGGUGUACGCCACCUGGCUGACGCAGUCUUCGUCGCGAGCGGGCAUCAAGGCAAACCUGAUGCGGCAGAUGCAAGAUCGCAUCUUCCAAGCUAAUGCGAUUGGCAUGGAACUGAAAAAUAUCGAUAAGCAGAUUGCCACCCAUCGGAUCAGGCUCAGCACCGCCGAGCAGGAGACCAAGAACCAGGAGAAGCAGCUUGAGCAGACGACGGCGGUGCAGGAGUUCUUGAAGUCCAAGUACACCAACGAGGAGCUUUACAUUUGGAUGGAGGGACAAACGCGAGACUUGUACCAGCAGUCGUACAACCAUGCCUUUGACCUGGCCAAGCGUGCCGAAAAGGCAUUCAAGUUUGAGCGUCCAGACCAGACCACCGACUUCAUCAACAUGGGUUACUGGACCAAUGCCCGAGAUGGCCUCCUUGCCGGGGAACAGCUGCAUCUGUCCUUGAAACGGCUCGAGUCGGCAUACCAAGAGACACUGGGCCACGACUUCGAGAUGACCAAGCACAUCUCCAUCCGGCAGUGGGCACCGCUAGGUCUAGUCGAGUUCCGCGAGACGGGCAGCUUCGAAUUCGACCUGCCCGAGAUCCUGUUCGACAUGGACUGUCCCGGGCACUACAUGCGCCGCAUCGUGUCCGCCUCGCAGCACAGCAUCCGCACCACGGCGCGCGCCUCGGGCAAGGCCGACUACCCGCGCCAGCUCGAAACCGAGGACGACCGGUUCAGCACCUACAACAUCCCCAUCUCGGCCAUUGCCCUGUCCACGGGCCAGGCCGACCACGGCCGCCACGAGGGCGGUCUGACCAUGACCACCAGCUCGGAGCGGUACAACCCGUUUGAGGGCGCGGGCGUGAUUAGUAAGUGGCGCUUUGAUCUGCCGGCCUCCUUCCGGGCCUUUGACUACGGCUCCAUCACCGAUGUGGUACUCACGCUCAAGUACACCUCGCGGGAUGGCGGCGAUAAGCUGCGCGACACGGCUUCGGGCGCCGUGGCGGACUUUGUCAAGCAAAUGAUUGACACCUCUGCCUCGGGACGCGACGGCCUGUUCAUGUUCUUCGACCUCAAGGCUGAAUUCGCGACCGAGUGUCUUUGCCGAAAGGUGGCCGUGGGUGGUAGUGGAACUGAUGCAGAGGAAGUCACCAUGCAGCUCAGCAAUGUGUAUGAGCGGCUGCCGGCGUUUACACGCAUGACGAAGCCGAACCGGCUGGUGGCACUGGCCAUGGUGCUGGUGGUGCGGACCGGCGACGUGUUCAGCAGUCCGCCGUCCAUCGCGCCGGACCAGGUCGGCAUCGACCUGCUGCCCAAUGCGGACCAGAACGCGGCGUUCCGGCCGGCUAGCAUCAAUCUGGGAGACGCGAAUCCAAACCUGGUGGGCUUCUCGAGCGAGGACCUGCAGCUGCCCAUGACCAACUGGGGAUUGCGCGUCAAGGGCAGUGGUAUCCAGGCGCUGGGCAACACAGAGGCUCGAGCCUGGCUUGUGGUGAAAUACGCAAUGACAUGA